UGUUUUUAACAACUUUAAGCUAGAGAGCCUAUAUACUCAGAGAGCGGACAUACGUGUGAUUGUUUUUGAUUGGUUGUUCGAUUUUUAUGAUUUUAGACGCCAUCUUUUUGCCUAAAAUACUAACUGCGAUUAAAGUCUACUACUAAAUUUGUAUUAAAUAUUUGUAAAAGUAUGCCUGGUUGUGCUGCAGUAGGCUGCCAUAACAGGCCUGAGAAAGGAUUUAUUAUGAAAUGCUUCCCAAGAAAUGAAAAACAACGGGCGAUUUGGACUUCUAAAGUUAAACAACUUAGCUGGAUACCUACAAACACAAGCUUUUUAUGUGAAGUACACUUUGAUGCUGAUCAAUGGGAAAAAACCAGAGAAGAUGGAUCAAGAAAACUCAAACAUAAUGCAAUUCCUACUGUCUUUAAACAUGUUAGAGCAAAACAUAAGCGAAAAAAUCCACUCGAGCGUUUUCCAAUACCAAAAAAAAAGAAAAUAAGUUUGAUAGAAAGAGAAGUUGUGGAAAAUGUUUUAAUUGAAGUAAAUAACAAUGAAGUAUCUGAAUCAGUUUGCACAACUGAGGUUGAUAAAAGUUUACUUAUACAAGAUUUAAAUGCAAAAUUGGAGAGAUUAGAAAAAAAAGUCAAUAAUCAAAAAAAAAAAAUUAACAUUUUAAAAUUAAAAAAUUAACAUUUUAAAAUUAAAA